AUGUUCCAUGAUUUAGAUGAGGAUAUAGCUAACUUUAUCACAACGUGGCAAAGCCAAAAGAAGCCUACAAUAAAACUCAAAAAUAACCCGAAAAUAAACUAUGCCUUGCCUAUAAUGGAAGGAUCAGCUGAAGCUCCUAUUAGACAUUAUAAUAGCACUGCAGUUGGACUUACAUUUCACUCCAAGGGCAUGCUAGAUGAUGUUAAAAACCUGACUGAAUCAAUUAAGAAUGGGAACUCAUCAGAAAGAGAAGAAGUAUUAAAUGUACUGCAAAAAUAUAUCAGUAAAAAUACUAGAAUAACCAUACACAAUGGGAUAGAUAGAGAGCUAGCUAAUAUACUAAAUGAUGUAACUAGACAGGCGCUAGAAGAAAUCAUUCAUAGGGAGUGGUUGCUAAAUAACAAGUUGCAAUACACAAAAAGCUCGUCUGAUCAGGAAAAAGAGCAAGAGGUUGAAGGCCUUCUCAAUGUAAUUCCAGAUUUGGAAAAAUCUGGUCUAAUAAAAACAGUAGAAAGAAGAGUUCAGACAUGGUAUAACACCAUAAUAAACAAAAAAAAGUCAACUUGA